AUGCUGAACUAAUCUAAUCCCUCCCCAAAAAAAAGAAUGUUAUGGACAGAAAAUGUAUGUUAUGUGAAUACAGUAGGAAGACAAACUCUUAUAGUAGUUAGUCAAUAAAUUCCAAAAUGAAAGACUUGGCUGGAAAAAAAUUUCUCAAUCUCUCAGAAAACAAGGCUAUGACAGAAAUACCAAGGCUUGUCGAGAGAGAUUUUUCAACCACCUUGAUAAUACAUUCAAUAAAUCCGAACUUACUACCCAGGAACUGGAUAAGCUAUUUGAACUCAUUAAAAUUCAUGGGAACAAAUGGGUAAAUGUUAUUGAUAUUUAGACUUGUAUUGCUGAGAAGCUCAAUCAUAGAACAGACUAAGAUAUUAAGAAUAAAUUUUAUGCCCAUGUUAAAAAAGUUUUUAGGCGAUUAUUAAAAGCCACUUUUUAAACAACCGAAAGUAUAUAUUUCGGUUUUAUUGUAGGCUCAAUAAUGACAGCCAAAUUACAACCAUUAUUGAUCUCAAGUAUACUUUGUUAUGAAAAUGACCUGGAUUAAAAACAAAUUCCUAUUCAAACUGAUAUGAAAGAUCUUUUUCAGAAUCUCAUAAGAAAAAAUAAAACAAUUUCGUAAGGAGAGUAGAUAGAUGAGGAAACAAAAGAACAGGUUAAGCAAAUUACUACAUAUUUGGAUAAUGAAAAGUAAUAAAAAUUAUAAUUGUAGUUAAUUAUACCUCUAAAAUAAAAUCACCAGAAAAGAAAAUAAACAAAUAAUAAAAGCCAAACAUAAGAUCGAAAAAACUUAACUUGCCCAUAAUUAAUUUUAAUAAUAACAAAUUUUAAAGAGGAUCUAAUAGAAGCAACCCAUAUUUGUGUGUUCAUAUAAAAAGUUAGAAUUCCCUAUCAUAGAUUUUGAAACAAAUUUAGAGAAUGAUAACUAAUUUCAAUUUGAUAAAAUAUUCGAGAAUGGAACUCUAUUCUAACAAUAUUAAUUUAUUUCUAGUGUGCCCUUCUAUUGGCAUUAGCCCCCUAAUAAAUUAGAAUUAAGCCACGUAAACAUUAUUUUAACAAAUUAUAGUAAUCUGAAUUAUCGUAUAUGGCCAUUCCGUCAAAUUCUUAAAAUUAUUCAACUAUUUGGAAUAUUUGA